AUGUCUGUACUCAUGAAGUGGGCAAGUUGCCCCAUUACGGCCCUUGCUGGUCCCCAGGAUUCAGCACCGCCUCCCGCUUAUCCAUGGUCCGCCGGGAUUGCCAGCGCAGAUCAUUCGACCAAAAAUCCGAAUUGCUGGUCGUCUGCUACUACCGGUGCAGCCUACUCAGGGACGACGGAAUUGAAGAGAAUCAGACCCUCGGUGUGA